AUGCGGCGAUGGUCGGGCUCGCCGCGUCGGCUCCUCCUAUUUCUCAUCGUAUUACUAUAUCGAUGGUCGAUGAUCGACGCGCUCGUGUGCCCGAUUCCGACGGCGCCAGGCGGUGUGGCGCGCAACAAAACGUGUCCGGAUUUCAAAGCGAGCCCGUUGUUCACGCAUUGCUGUACGUCAAAACUGCCGCCGACGAACUCGCUGCUCAAAGAGAAGCACGGCGUCUAUUGUUGCUCGGCCGACGAUUUCGAGAACGAGCGAUACGAGGCGGCGCGCGCCGAAAUCAAGACAUUCAUCAAGGACUAUUUGGCUCUGAUGAUCUUCGGAUUUGUGCUGAUCGUCUCGCUCGUCUUCAUCAUCACGGCAAUCAUUUGCAAAAAGAUUCCCGGAUGUCCGAUGUAUCGCAAUAUGCAUAUGAUGUCGCAUCGCACCGAUUCGCCGACGACGCUCUACCGACCGGUCGAUCAAAUCCCGCCGAAGAUGUAUGAAGCGCCACCUCCGUAUGAGUGUUUUGUGCCGCCGCCGACGACAACGACGACGACGACAGAUACCAACGAUUGGAAUUGUAUUCUGGAGAAUGAGGUGAAUGGCUCUCGACGAACACCGCCGGUCGUCCGCUAA